GCGACCAUGUUGGGUCAGAGUGUACGUCUCCAGCCCGUGGCCAUCCAGAAUUUGUCGGAAGUGGAGCGAGCCAGGCUCCAGCAAGUGGCCUUGUUCCACCUGGACCAAAGAGACCUGGACUUUAAGAUCAGCAUUCCCAGAGAAAUUCGCAAACGUCGAAAAUCCCUGCGCAGGAAGUUCGACUCGUUUUCCAAGGAAAAAAAAGAACGCGAAUCUGCCCCCAAGGCGUUCGGCAUCCCGCUCUCGCAGGUCAUCGCUAACGACCGGGCCUUCAAGCGACGUCAGGAUGCCGUGAAGGAGAGUCGGCGGGACUGCUUAGAGCUUGAGUCCAGCAUCCUGCGCUUCAGGGCGGAAAAGCGUCAGGUGCUUUCAGCGGGAGGGCAAAACUCCGUGGCCUUGGCCUCACCGCGCUCUGUUUUGGACACCGGCGGGCGAGGACAGAGAAGGGGUGGCCUUUCAGUGGACUCCAUCUCCGACCUGGUGGACAGUCAAUCCCGCUUGUUGGAGGCUCUGCAACUCUCCCAUCCAGCUGAGUUAGAGUUGAAGAAAGGCUCUUCAGAAGGCAGGAGCCAAAGCAAGCUUAGCCUCAACCCAGUCUACCGCCAGGUGCCUCGGGUUCUGGAGCGCUGCUGCGACCACAUCGAGGCCCACGGUCUUCAGACUGUGGGCAUCUUCAGAGUCGGGAGCUCCAAGAAGAGAGUGCGGCAGUUGAGGGACGACUUUGACGCAGGGGUUGAUGUUCAUUUGGACGAAGAGCAGAGUGUCCACGACGUGGCCGCCUUGCUCAAAGAGUUUUUGAGGGACAUGCCGGACCCUUUGCUCACCAGAGAGCUCUACCCCGCCUUCCUGCACGCCAACUUUCUCCGAGGAGCUGAGCAGAUCCAUUACCUGCAGCACCUUCUGUACCUGCUGCCUCCCUGCAACUGCGACACGCUGCUGCGACUCCUCACCUUCCUGCACACGGUCCAUAGCUUCGCCCAGGACAGCAUCGGGACCAAUGACGAGGAGAUCCCUGGAAACAAGAUGACGGCGGCCAAUCUGGCCGUCAUUUUCGGACCCAAUCUGCUCCAAAGGGAACGGGGAGGAGACGCCGGUCCGCAGGCCAUGGGGAUUGAAGACAGCACGGCUAUCAUUAGUGUCACUCUGGUGCUCAUGCAGAACUACAAGACACUGUUCACGGUGUCAGCGGAGCUGCAACAGGAAGUCCUUGUGAGUCUGAUCCAGAGCGACCCCGACAUCAUCGACUACCUGCUCCGCCGCAAAUUCAGCAGCAGUUCCGCUACGGCGGAGAGCGCCGGUGGAUCCGGGGGCCGUCGCGAUACGGGGGCUUCGCUGGACUCUGUCGGGGCCUCCACCGGGAGUCUGUCUCCCAUGGAGUCCCGCUCGUCUCUGGAAGGUGGCCUGAGCAGCGAGGUCUUCCUUAGCGUGCUCAAGAUGAACCAGAGCAGGAAGCGCCACAACCACAGAUACGAAGUCCGGCUCGGCAAAUCGAUCGGCCACGUGCGACAGUUCCACUCCCACCAUAACUUGCUCAGUCUGACCCAGCCCACCUUGUGCUCCCUGUUCUCCACCUCCGGUCUGCACCCACCAUCGGAUGACUGCGAUGUUUGGGUAAGGCAGGCGGCACCCGAGGAAAGCAAGAGCAGCUUUUGGGACUUUUUCACGGGGAAAGGCUCAGGUUCUGAGACUUUGGUAUAA